AUGCUCAGUAAAAGAAUACCUAAAGCGAAGGCAGCUCGCCUCGCUUGUUACCAGCGGAACCCUGGGCAAAUAAAAGAAGCCCGAGUUGCGCAGCUACAACAUGAAGGGUUGUCACAGCACUACAUCAUUGCAGCCAUCAUCCUGGCCACCUUAUUACCUCUGAUGUGCAUAGGAGCCUCUGCCUUUCUUGCCAGGCGGCUGUGGGCCAAAGGCCGCGAUGUUGAGGCGGGCGGAGGCGUGAAGCGCGAAGACACCGCGCAGACGAGCGUCAAGAGCCGUACGGGCGGGGACAGCGCCGGGCCGGCGUCACGCAAAUCAAGUCGGGCGUCCAAAGGCGAGCGCGACGCGCCGUCUAGCAAAGACCAGCUCAUCCAGCAGGACAGCAGUUUGGCGGGAUCACCGACCGAAGAGACCGUGGAGAUCUUGGAAGACAGUCCCGACGAUCUGGAGAUCGACACUGCGGCUGAAGACGACGUAGACCGAGACAGCGAAACGGAGAUUACGGCCAAAAAUGGCAUCUCUGUGUCCGUACGGCGGGCCAGUAUAAUGCCACCAGACCCCGAUGGGCCUCUCAACGCCAUACGGACCACGGCUGAGGUAGAGUCCGUGGGUUCUUCUAAACGCCUCGCGGCUCCAACUCGUAUCAGGAAAAGUCAGUCGCUGAGAGUGUCCACCCCAGAAGAAGGCGAUCUCGGUGUCGGAGGUCGCAACGCUGUCCUAAGACCGUCGCGGUCGUACCCACGCUGGGCCGAGGUAGCCUCGGCAGUAUUAGAGCCGUCUUUUAAUGCCUCGUCUAGAGCGGGAAAUUAUAGAGUGACUCCGGCCUCUCCGAGACCAAGAAGAACGUAUCAAAGAUCAAAUUCUGUUCAGCAUCAACCUCAGCCUCAGUUACACCGUCAACAAUCCACUCAACACUACCCGUCUUCCGCCUCCCAUACGUCAAAUCAUCACCAAACUCAACAGCAUCAAGUUCAACUGCACUCCAGUUCUCACAGAUCCCAGUACAGAAGAUCUGAUCUACAGCAACAGCAGCAGCAACGGCAACAGCAAUUCAGAAGUCAGUCAAUGAGGCAGCGGGGCCGCGAACUGGAGACUGGAAGGCCUUCAAUGCGGAACGAUGCAAGUGGAAAUGAUUUCGAAACCGACCAUAAUCGACUGCUGCCUUCGCCUCAUUCGCCGCAGCGAAAUCGACUUCGGCGAUCUUUGUCUCCGCAACCGAGAAGCCACUCGAUGAGAGAUCCUCAUCGUACAGGAUCAGUAAUGGCAAGAAGAAGUUCUCCAGACGACGGCAGAAGAGAAAGCAGUCACGGCAUACCGCCUGCCACAGACCGUGAUCGUCUCAGCGCCGAAGAUGCACGCAAAGGCUCCUUCAAGCUACUCCUGCCCUCUCCUCGGCCCUCUCAUCGAGCCCUGUCACCGUCCCCAAGAAGCCGCUCGAUGCGUGACCACCACCGCGACGGCCGCGACGGUAGCAGGUCGCGUCGCAACUCCCACGAAGAAGGGAACGCCGCAGUGACGGGGAUCGUCGGCUCAGAGUUGCACGGCGCUACGCUUAAGCUCCUUUUGCCUUCCCCCAUCUCACCUCGACCUGGGGAUCGAGCGCCUUCCCCUCAAAUGAGGAGUCACUCAGUGCGCCACAAGCCUGACGGCAGCUCGAGCAGCAGUCGGCAGCGCCGCUUUUCUCAGGAUGAAGCAGUAAAUCCUCUGAAAUUGACUCUGCCAUCACCCAGGGCUUCCCAUCGAUCCCCGUCCCCAAACCCGCAAGUACAAGCCUCUUCUUCCCUAUCCCAUGGCUCCCCGUUGCACUCCUCUCAUUCCCCUUCUCACACGACACCCAUGACUCCUCCCCAAACCCCAACAUCUCUGUCACCACCUUCUGCAGCCCACCACGUAUCUGCCCGACAUCCGUCACCGUUACAGUUACAGCCCCAGCAACUUUUGCAGCACCAGCAACAUCUUCCGCCACACCAAGCGUCGCCCAUGAGUCCACGUCUUAAAGGACCCGGCGAUCCCUUCAUCAUCGGAGACAUGAUGAUGGUCAACGACGUGAUAAUCCCACCUCCAGUCAUGGAUAUGGCCACAACGUCAGUUUCUACCCCGCCGCCCGGCACUCCUACUACUCAAGACUUCCCGCCCCAUACCUCUCGCUUGUCGGCCUCUCCUGUAGUCUCCCCAUCCCAAUCUAGUUCGUUUGGUCCGGAUCAUAGCAUGGACUCACUUGAUUCGAAGAGCUUUGCCUAUGGCAAUCAGAACUUGUUUCUCGGAAGCCCUUACGGCUACUCCCCCGAGUAUGCAGGUUUCCAGGGGCUCGACGACUCAACAGUCGCACUUUGGCGCCAGUCGCGAGCGUCAACCUCAGCCACAGCGGGGGAGGCCAAAGCCGUCGCGCGAACACUCGAGAGAAAAAUGAGUCUCUCUGGAGCUGCAGAUCUUGGGGGCUUUGACCACCCUUCCAUAGCAGUAACAGCUGUCAUGCGUAAUUCCCGAGGCCAGCUGAACAAACAGUCAUCUCUUCCCUUGGGCCCACGCGGCCCACAAAACAGAAGUCGUGUAACGGGUCGCUUCCAUUCAUCCUUGCGCCACGACCCCACGACCCCAGGUCGCCUGUUUGACCACCACGGCGCCACGUCCCCGUUUCCACGACGGGCAUCCACGAGGGACCGGAGCGGCAGCGGCAGUCGGGCAAGCCACGGCCAACAAUAACGGCAACUUUCUCUCGUAGAAUAGAUCCGAAUUUUCCUACAAAUCUAGUUUGCAACUGCAAGCGAUGGAAGAAAUGGAAAGACUAUAUAUGGGCGGCAUAUUCCUUAUUUUAGUGCAUAAGCAAGGAGUUCUGCAAAGAAAAGGUUCGCUUAUGAUUGGAAAACACGGUGCUGCUACUGUUCUGCUGAUGAAGAAUGAUUUUGACUGACACUGGAAGAAGUCUCCUAUUAAGAAUGAAUGGCCAAGUUAGAUAUAUUUUAAUAAUCUACCGCGACUGAAUUUCUAGAAAUGGAGAUGGAUCUUGAACAGGGGAUGUCGAAGUGUAUCUCUUGCUGGAAUGUGAUCCGGUAGAGACUGAAGCACCAACUUUGCCCUUUGUAAUCAAGACACACCGCUUUCUUCAUCGCUUGCAACACUGCUCACUUCAACUCCACGGCCACACACAGUUGUCAAAUGAAUUGCUGCUCCAGAGAUUCUUUACUAUUUAAACUCAUAAUAGGGUACAUAAUUAUGAAUACAUGUUUUCUGACCAAUUUGUAACCACAUACUAUCAUACAAAAUCAUUGACAAAUUAAAUAAGAAAGUUGGAUAACCUUAGCGAAGUCGAAUUUUUAGCGUUUCCGCAAAGUUAAACAAUUUUAAUUAACACAAAUUUAACUUGUCUGUUGAUGGUAUACGUUUGAUGAAAAAUUUCUAAGCACGCUUGAUGAAAAAUUUCUGCAUGUUAACUUUUUACAGUCGGUUGUUCUUGUUAAAGAAACCAUAUAUAGGUUAAGAAGAUUAUCCCGAGAUAUGUAGACACAAGCGUAUAAGACACAAAAGGCAUGCAGUGAAGAAUUAUCUGAUUGUAGAAGUUUCAUAGAAUACAAACUUCUAGAAUUACUCAUGAAAGAUGUUCAUCGUUCCUCGAAGUGGGUGUUUGAAUUGUAAAAAGAGUCCAGAAUUAUGCAUGAAAUAUGCUCAUCUUUCUCCAGAGUCGCGGUUUUACGAGUCCAGAGGAGCACCCUAGCUUGUUUUUUUUUUUUGUGGCGGCUAGAAAGAUGCACCGAAAACUGAAAAAUAAUGCGCGGACGAGGAAAGAAGCAUUGAGGUUUCAGAAUGUGUCCAAAAAUACCCUUGGACAAACGACACACGAUAAGCAUCAAGAGAGUAGUCUAGUACACGAGGAAAGUCUUACUAAACAUAGAAGGUCUACCUAGGUUGGCAGAAAUAACCACAAUGUUACCAGCAGCAUGUUAACUUGAUCGCUAUUGAGACACCCUCUUCGUAUGCCCAACCUUGUAGCUUGUUAGUAGACCAUCCCGGAAUCCUUCGUCUUGUCUGGCAAGUUCCAGACUCGUUAAUGUCUACUCUUAAUUUCGUUGUAGGUCAUGCAACACAUUGUGGUUAAUGUUAUCAAUGGAUUAUAGCCCUUGAAUUAAUAGUCAUGUCUGAAAAUGAGUAAAGUGCAAUCACCCUGACGAAUCCAGCAUGGAGUUAAUGCUAUGUCGUGAGCUUGGUUAUGCCAUCAUUUAACAUUAAGGUCUGUAUUUUCGUAAGUAUUUUACAAAUGCAGGGUCUAUAUGGAGGUGCAGAUGAACUCAGAGAAGCCGAGAGAAGUGCUACCGACGCUUAAAACGCAACUACACGAUAUCGUUCUCAGAAUAAGUCGAAAUACCAACGCUUCGUGCAUAGAAUGAGCGUUAAUAUUAAAGGGGUAAUGGGAAAUAAUUUAAGAAUAAUCAAUUUUCAUAUAAACCUAAUUUUUAUGAAACUCGAUAGGAUCAAUCAAAAUUUCGAAAGAGAGGUAGUUCUCUCUAUAUUUUCGGAACUAUGUUUCUGGCUAAAAAGAUGCAUUUAUAUACGUAUUCUUCCUAUCGUCGACAAUAAAAUGAAUUUUUGACCCUCUUCGAAAUGUCACUCAACAAUUUCCACAGCUGUUAUCCAAGAGAAAUGCUAUUAAAAUACGAUUUUCAUUUUCGGGUGAUCAUAAAUUUCGUGGUUGGAGCUUUUCAUUUUGGGUUUUUAUGGAUGCUGAAAUAGAUUUGUACUUCGUAGGCCACGGGGUUGGAUGAUAUUUGAUUGGAAUGAAAAUACUGUGUACGUGUUAACCUCAGUGAAAUGAACUUUCGACAAUGUACUGCAUUUCAUACAAUUGGAAUUUUGCGUACGUGUAUGAUCCGAUAUUCAUUUCAGUGUUGAUGAUUCAGUACGAGUGCGAUUUAGCAUUACUUGUUGAAGGGGAGCGGCCAAUAAUCUAUGUAUAAAAGAAGUUUAUACAAGCUCAAAUCUAUUUUGCACAGAGAAAUAAAUAAACGCAACUCCGGGCCUAAUCUAGAUAUCUGUGUUUCGAACGGAGUUCGAAUGAAUGAGGUCUAGGGGCUAGGUAAUCCAUUAUGUUCUUGUACAGAAAUGUUGUGGUGUAAAUGUCACUGUUUUUCACCCUGAGCUUUAAUGUGUAUUUUUCCUGACGAUAAAUAUAAUGGAAAUAGUUUAAUAACUAUAGAAUCUUUUUGCGCAGAGUACUUUUUCUGUGGCACGCAGGAACGAAGCAAGCAUUUAUAGUUUCUUUCAAUUACCAAUUGAAAUUUCUUCAAUCUUAACAUCUAUUAUAAUUUUCUAGACAAGCUUUCUUAAAUAUUGUGUUAGCUUCCCGGUCGCUUGUUCACCUCAAAUGCUGUAGGCAGAUGAAGAUGGAAGUUUGAAACAGCGUUUGAAAAUUGUCCAUAGCCAUCUUAAUAUUUCACCAUUGAAACAAAUAUUAUGCCCGAAAACAAUGUUUUCCAGCACAUAUAACUGAAUAUAAACUUAAUAUUUCAUGGAAUUUGCAUCGAGGGCCCCGGAUAAGUACAUGAUUAUUAUUAUUACCCUGUACUUGCCUCAAAAAAUUAUAAAACGUUGAAAAGUUAUUUGCUUAACUAGUAGAAAUUCUAAAAAAGUCAUGAAUCGACCAACCGUUUCAAGUGAAUUAUCGCAUGCAAUAUAUUUACGCAAAUGACAAUCCUGAGUGACAAUAUUUUAGUGAAACAUGUAUUACUUUUCUGUGCCAAUCCACCUACGCCUUGUUGCGAAUUAUAAUGUUCACAGGAGCCGAUAUUUUUCCGCGUCAAAUCCUCCUCAGAAUUUUAACCUUUUACUACCCGUUAGGACAAAUAAUCUUCCUAUUGAUAUUGCUAUGCUUCCCCCAAUUUUAAGGGGCACUGUUUAGGGAUCAAGGUUUGUGGUUGUGUACUUGUUUUCCUUGUAAUGCUUGCAGAGUAUCCUUGCCGUCGCUCUACCCGAAUGCUUCCUUGUCUCGAGUUUAAACGAAAUUUAUUUUGACGGAAUGACAGCCAUCUGUUAGACAUGUGUGAAGUGCUUUAAGUUGCACUUACAAAUUUCUGUAAAUCAUGAGAAUUUUUUUGCAUUUGAAGUUUGUUUGUUUCUGCUUCUGAUAACAACACUUUUAUUCAUCGCAAUCGGCAUCAGUAAUUUUUGUGAAAAAUCGGACCCUGCUUGAUAUUUGAGGCAAGCGUGCAAUUUCUCUUGACUAUUUACAAUUAAUGAAAAUCGAUCUUAGCAAACUGGGAAAUUUGAUCCAAAACUAUUUCGUUAUGAACAAUGGAAAUUAAUAUUCCAUCGAGUUUAACGUAUUAAAAUGAUGAGCAGACUUCUGCAUCCAAUGGUUUAAUAUUGUUGCUGGCAACAACAAUCAUUCUUGAACAAGAAUUGUUUUCUGAAUUCAUGAUAAAGAGUUUGAAAACUUUUCAAAAAAUAGCUACCAUAAUAAAAGCAACAAUACGGAAAAUUGGUAAAUCAUUAGUGGAGAAUUGUUGAAGUCUUUGGGUAAACCACAAUGCAAUUCGUCGAAAUAGCACUGAUCACUGAAGGAUAUCCUGCGAAGAAACUCUUGGCAGCCAUUCGGUAGUUUGGAAUCAGUUAGCUGUCAUUCCGUCACGUAGAACUCUGCUGUUCUCAAGUACGCUUAAUAUACAAAUGAAAUGAGAACACAUUAGAAGCAGAGUGCUUUAUGUAUAUUUUUCUUUCCUAUACGCCUCGUGUGCCCUCACAGAACUUGUUAGUCUAGUCGACAUGAAGAGUUUGGCUAGAUAGAUAACCGCGUUAUAUAGGACCUGACGUAUUUUGCAAGUCACGUUAUAGGCUCCCGUACCUCCCUGCGAUAUGUGAGCGAAAAUUUUUACGAAUCGUAGUAGUUAGACGGCCAGCGUUUAAGGCAUUUUCGCUAAAAAAUUUACCGUGUCGUGCUUCGUUACAAGGGCAGAAUUCCCACGAAUGUUACAGACUCAGAUACGAAAGCAUUGUUUAAGAUAGCCAUAUCGAUGCGGCUUAGGAUUAUUUUCAGCAAAAAUUUCAUAUAUUAUCACAUAGAGGACGUUGAUCUCAGUAUUUUUGUUAUGAGUGAAACCACUGUAAAAAUUCGAAUUCUAUUUUAAAAUAGUAUAUUCUCAUGGCUUAAACUCGUUUAAGUUUAUGGUUACAGUAUGCGUCUAUAUCGUUCUUUCUCUAAUGGGUGAAUUUAUUAUCGUAUUUGAUAAGAUAAUAACUAAAUUUUCUACUAUAAAUCAAUUUUGAUGAAGCCAAAUUUCGGCUCGAUGUAAUCAAUAAACUAUAGUAAUUAAAUGGUAUUAAAGCGAUUAGUAUAAAUGCGUUCACAAUAAAUCCUUUUUAUAAGAAAUGUUUAAUGUUAAAAACUAGCAGAUUGAAGUAUAAAUGGGAUGUGCAUUUUUUCAUCGACUGAAUUCUACAUAAACGGACUUAGCAGUAGUCGACAGUGAAAUAUCCUACAAUGCCCAAUCGGUUGUUUAAAAUUUGAAUAAAUUGUUUGCAAUGGAGAUGAAACUUGUAAUACUGAUGGCUCUAUUGAAUAUGAUAUUGAGCAUCAGUAACAUAUAGAGGGGGGUAAAUCAAAAGCUUUAUAAACAUUGAUUAGUUUUUAAAAUAUAAUUUCCAUUCAAUAAGCAUUAUUGGACCGGAUUUUGUUACUGAAGGUUUAAAAAAAAUUCGUAUCAGACUCGAUCGUUCAAAAAAACGUUGGGUAGCUUUUUCACUCACUAUGGGAGAGAGAAACAGUGUAACGAAUAUCAAGUGAUGGGGAGCAAUAUUUCAAUGUUCUGCGAAAAGAGAUAUGCGGAAUAAUAAACUUCAACUAAUUGUAUAAUUGCAUUCAUAAUUUUUGUGUUCAGCAGGAAAUGUGUAUUACUUGACGUUUACUUGUUGCGACUCUGCGUUGUCUUCAGAGACAACAAGCGCAUUGCACCUUCGUUUUAUGGUGAGAACCAGCUCCGUAAAGACCGUGAUCAAAGCUUGUAACCUUUCAUCAAUUCUUAUUCUAAUACCGUUUAAAUUUGGUCUAUGUUGUAAAAAAACCUUGCCCGGAAUUCAUACAAAAUUUCAAUAUUCAGCCAAGCGAAGAUUAUGCGCUUGUAAAAGCUUUAGCGAAGCUCAACCUAUCGACGAUGUUGAUAUUCUAAAUCUGUCCUUUUCACUUAUCCUUUAUAUCCGGACCUAGAUGAAUUUAUCCUCAGUCCCUUCUAAACAAUUCAUUAGCUCAGUUUGAAACAUUGGAUUAUUUCAAAACUGACAAUGAAACCAGGUAAAAUCUACUGAAUGAAAUUAAAUACCAAAUAAAAUGUUAGGUUUUCAAACCUACGUUAUUUUUGUUUAUGCAAUAUUAUGAGAAAACGUGCAUUCUAUUUUUAGAACCGAAAAGCUAGAUCCUACCAUUCCUGCAAGUCAUGCUAUAUCCUCUGUUCCUAACGUAAUUGCUCUUUCAGUAAACCGUUGUU